AUGGAUCAGAGCAGGAACUGGAAUACGGCAACUGAGCUCAUUCAAAUGGGCUUCCCACAAACUGGCUGUGUAUACAGUCACAACUGGACUACGGUAACUGAAUUCAUCCUGAUGGGCCUCCCCCAUGUGCCAGAGAUGGGCACCCUGCUCUUUUUGCUGUUCUUGGUCAUCUACCUGCUCACCUUUAUAGGAAACCUCCUGAUCCUCUUAGCAGUGGCCUUUGAGCCCCAGUUGCACAAGCCCAUGUACUGGUUCCUUUGCCACCUCUCCUUCUUGGACAUGACCGUCUCCACAGUGGUGGUACCCAAGGUGGUUGCCGGAUUUGUGGAAGGUGGCGGGGUCAUUUCCUUUGGUGGCUGUGUGACCCAGCUCUUCUUUUUCCACUUCCUGGGCUGCACUGAAUGUUUCCUUUACACUGUCAUGGCCUAUGACCGCUUCCUGGCCAUCUGCAAACCACUCCGCUAUGGCACCAUCAUGAACCGCAAAGCCUGUCUCUGCCUCUCCUUUGGGACCUGGUUCGGUGGCUCCUUGCACUCCAUGAUACAGACCACCCUCACCUUCCGCUUGCCCUAUGGCCAUGGGGACCAAGUGGGUUAUAUCUUCUGUGACAUCCCAGCUGUGCUGAAGUUGGCCUGCGCUGACACGGCGCUCAAUGAGAUGAUGACAUUUGUGGACAUCGGCUUCUUGGCCAUGACUUGCUUCCUCCUUAUCCUGACAUCCUACGUCUACAUAAUCUCAGCUAUCCUGAGGAUCCGUAGCCCUGAAGGGCGACGGCGGGCAUUCUCCACUUGUGCUGCCCACAUCACAGUCGUAGUGACAUACUAUGUCCCUCUGGUUUUCAUCUAUCUAAGGCCUGGGUCCCAAGACCCAUUGGAUGGGGUGGUGGCUGUGUUCUACACCACAGUGACCCCAGUCCUGAAUCCCAUCAUUUACACACUGAGGAACAAAGAGAUGAAGUGUGCUUUAAGAAAGCUGCGGGGCAGGAAGACCUCCUCACCAGUUCAAUGA